CCUUUGCAAAGGUUUUAAUAAAGGCAAGACUUUUUACUGAUCUGGUCUCGUCUCUAUUCCUUAUUGGCAUCUCAAGGAAUUGAGAGCCUUUAUCAGUCGGGCUUUCAUCCAGGCCUGGCUCCUUUUGUAACAGAACUGGCGUAGCCAAGCCAGGAGUGUCCCUUUAGACAACCUCUGCUGUCUCGUACGGAGCCGCAGUACAUUGGAUGAGAGCGCUCCAGGUCCAAGUUGUUUGGCCUGCAUCCAGGCCUGCGCAGAGCCAGUCGAGACACCAGAGUAUCGCUACCGGACCUCCAGUAAAUCGAGACCAGAAUCUUCUGAUUGCCAGCGCAAGCGGGUCAGACAGGACACCAGAAGACAGAUACUCUCAGGAGUUCCAGAGAUUGCCACUGGACGCCGCUAUUCAUCCCUUUAGACCAGGAGAUUGGGUCCGGAUCAAGACGUGGAAAAAGGAAACGCUUCAGCCUGAGUGGAGCCAACCGGUCCAGGUGCUGUUAACAACAGAUGCAGCGUUAAAGAUUGACGGCAAGGCCAAGUGGAUCCACCACACCAGAGUCAAGAAAGCAUCAGCACCUAUCGGGGUGCAGGAGCCAGGGACGGGAAUAGCCAAGGAUUCCCCAACAGGUGAGGGACGGAAGAAGACUCCUGAAGAAAAGUGGCUUUCGCAGACAGUCCCCGGUCUGAGCCUGAAGCUACAUCUCCGCAGAGUGCCCCAGACUUAGUUAUUAGCCCCGCAGCUCAGAAUAUAGUUAAUCCAUAUUACAUAUCCAUAGCCAUAAUUAUAGCAUGUAUGGUUUUUAUUAUGUUGCUUUAUCUUGCAUUCUAUUUCCGGCAUGGACACGCCCCUUGACCAGGAAUGGGUCCCUGUCACAAACUAACACCUUCCUUAAGUUGGUGCAGGAGGUAGUUACCCAGUUCCAACUCACUAGCUGUUGGGUGUGUGCCCCUUUGCAGGUGCAACAUGGCCAGAUUCCACUAUAUCCUCUUCCUCUCACCAUACUCGAAUUGGCUGUAGACCAUCCAGCACGUAAUCAGACUUGGCCACAAAGGGAUCAGGUACAAGUUAAGAGAAGGAAAGGAUUAUGGUGUUGGGAAAACAAUGAUGGCAUAGGGCCCCAGUUGGGCUACUCCUCUUGUUUUUACACACACAAAAGAGGCCCAUGGCAGAAGUGGCCAGAUGGGAUCCCUUGUCUUAAUUUACAGCAUAACAACACCCACAUAAAUAACACCAGGUGUAAUUGCACACCACAGGGCAUGAAGUACACAUUCCAGAAAAAAACCCCUUGUCAUUGCGGCCACACAGGACUAGACGAUUAUUGGCAAUGGUAUGGUUUAACCUUAUGUCGUGCCAACAGUUGGACCACUAACAUUCCAGACCAAACCACUAUGCUUAGAUGGUACAAAGGAGAUCAGCCCCAAGCUUGGUCUGAAAUAUACAUAGCUUCCGACUCUUGGUACGCCAAAGAGCGGAAGGGAAGGGGGAUAGAUACCUGCAUGCCCACAGCCCCAGGAGUAACUAGAUGCAAUGCUAGUGGCCCUAUAUACACUGAGCCAUUGUUCAUGAGCUGGUACUUCACCCCACAGCAUGGUUUUCAGUCUCAUUUGAAUGGAACCAUGCAAGCCAGAUAUGGCCCUUGGGUAAAUGUGCACUUAAGCAUCAUUGGUUUGUUUGUGGAACUACUGCAUAUACAUGCUUGCCCCCUGACUGGAUAGGAAGCUGUUAUGUGGCCUACCUAAUACCUAACAUCAAUGUUAAGCCCAAAGGGCAACAUAUAUUUAGACCAUUGUACACGAAUACCAGAGACAAAAGGCAUGCCUUACACGCUGGAGACCAUAGCUGAGGAAGUGAGGUUUGGACCCCCCAAGAUUUGAUCGAUGAAUACAAACCACUGACAUGGAGCUCUAUUGGGAUCGUUGGAGCUAGAUCCAUGACCAAUAGCCUGCUGAGAUUGCAAGCUGUAGUAGAAGUAGUUACUAAUGCUACUGGCGAAGCAAUACGCACCUUAACACAGGAAACUGAGCAGAUACGUAAGAGAUUGGUCAUACACCAACAAGGCCUUGACCUCUUACUCGCCAGCUCAGGUGGGCUCUGCGCUACCUUAAACACUAGUGGUGAGUGCUGUGUUGAAAUUGGAGAUGAAUCACAGGUAAUUAAUCAAUUAGUAGACCAUGCAGAAAUAACAGCAUAUGUGGGCAAUCAGCAGUGGAAGGGCCUAAAUUGGGACUGGCUUACCAGCUGGCUGCCAAAUUGGGCCUGGCUGAAACAUCUAUUUGUUAUUGGCUGCAUUGUAUUCCUUAUCCUUAUGUGCUUACCAUGUAUCAUAUCCUGUGUAUCUGGCAUGCUUAUUCGGGUCAUGAAAAGAAAGGCCCAGCUGAUGAUGUAUCAGCAGCUAGCCUUGCAUGAGAUACAGGGAGAGUAUACUGAAAUGGCACCAUCUCAUGAGGAGGUAUGGAACCAUACUGUUUAUGCCCCCCAAGCAGUUCCUACCGGAGAGGAAAAUGUUUAUGCCACCAUAGAUAAUUAAGAAGAUACUUUCUCACUUUUUGAAAUUAAGAAAGUAUCUGAGGGGCAAAUGUUGUAAUGAGUUAAAAUUAAAAUGUUAUACUGAAAUGAAAUCAAAUAAUGCAAAAUGAAACAUAUGCUUGUUUUCCUUGCUUUGUGAAAAGUAUGGGAGUUUUCCGCUUAUCUGCUUCGUUAGCAAUUAAAGAUGUUAUUCCCAGCUUGUAGCAUCAAAGGUCAAGGAUAAAGGAAGUCUGAAGAUGAGAAGUGGACCAGAAUAGACAGAUGCUGAGAAAUUAAACAAUGAUGUAUUCUUAAUGAGCUAUGCAUUUCUGAUACUAUGUAUGUGACGCAUCUAUAGCCUAUAAAUAUGAUGACUGUCAGCUAU